AUGAGGUGGAUACAUGACGUGAAGCAAAGAACCCCCCUGCACCUGGCAGUUGGGAAUGGCCACCAUGAAACUGUGUCAUCUUUACUGACAGCUUGUGCAGAAGUGAACACAAGAGACAGUGAGCAAAGAACUCCACUGCACCUGGCAGCUGAGAAUGACCACCCUGAAACUGUAUCAGCUUUACUGACAGCUGGUGCAGAAGUGAACGUACUGGAUAGUCAGCAAAUGACUCCUCUGCACCUAGCAGCUGAGAGAGGCCACCAUGAAACUGUGUCAGCUUUACUGACGGCUGGUGCAGAUGUGAAUGUACUGGAUAGUCAGCAAAUGACUCCCCUGCACCUGGCAGCUGGGAAAGGCCACCAUAUUUUUGUGAGCAGACGGGACAGGCUGCCAAGAACCCCCCUGCACCUGGCAGUUGGGAAAGGCCACCCUGAAACUGUAUCAGCUUUACUGACAGCUGGUGCUGAUGUGAAUGUACAGGACAAUAGGGGCUUCACCCCCAUUCAGUAUGCAACUAAAACAGGUCACUCCAAGUGUGUAGAAGUACUGUUGCAGCACAAGGCAGAUAAAGAUGGCCAGAAGAAGGUACUGGACACCAUUCUCAGCCGGCUGGAGGAGACAGAUGUAAGGCUGCUGAUGCGGGUGUGGUCUGCACGUACCGGUAAACAGGAAAUUCCUGGGCCUAAAGUGCCAGCUGACUUGAUCAGGGACAUGAUGAAGAGUGAAUACAUCACAACGGGUGACCUCAGAAUGCUGGGAAAGGACAUGCUGGCAGCUGGGAUCAGCUUUCCUGCUAUUGUACAGGACAUUCCAGGUGUACCAGAUGAGUUGAAGCACACAAGGACAAUGGAAGCUGAAGUAGGACCCGAGGGUGGAGAGUUGGAGAUUCCUGGUCUUGUCAGACUUGUUGUACCACCUGGCAUCCUUCAGCAAGACACAGUGAUAACAAUCUCUACCGUAGAUGUUGCUGCUAUCCUCAGGGAUCCUGAGAGUGUAAACUGGAUCUCUGGCUACCCCUGGUCCCUGGGUGAGGACGCCUGUCUACGCGAGCUACUGGAUCAGGUGCUGUUCUCCCCAGCUGUUGAUGUCAACCUACAUGGUGCACAGCUGAAUGGACCAGUGAAGGUGCAGACGUGGCGACCUCCAGGUUCUGAAGGGAUGGGGUGUCUUCUCCUGAAGCAUCAUGAUGGAGAAGGCUGGACAGAUAUCACUGCUUCAACAGUGCACCAGAUAUAUUCGGACAAGAUAUCAACUUUCCUGCAGACAUUCAGUCCUUUGACCAUUUUGUGGACUCCUUUAGAUACAUUGAUCACAGUGGGAAAGAUGGUGGUAGCUGCACUAUCGUCAAGAACUCUAAACUGUCGAUUUACUGGAUACAUCAAGCCCCACACAGGCGGUGUGGAAUUCCAUGUUAUCUGUAGAGACCGCAGCAUAAAGGCAGACGACUACAAACCAGAUUUCACCUUGUGUGGAAGUAACAAAGCAAUGUUCGAUCUUUAUCAUGGCAAUCGUGUUGAUGUCACUGUAAGCAUCCUUCAAGGCCAGAAAAGAUCCAGACAGAUGAAGCUACGUGCCCAGCAGUGCUGUGAAGAUGAAGGCCAGAGUGUCCAGAUGGUUCUGGAUAGGCCCAAUGGGAAGCCUGUGAAGGGGGACGUGACCAUAAGAAACAUUCAAGAGCGACCACCUGAAACUGUAUGUGAGUUCAGUUUCUGGGAGUGCCUAGAGGGUGACAUUUUGACAACAAACACAGCAUGUGUUCACCAAGGUGCCGGUAACACUCACAAGAUGCAAACCCAUCCCAAAAGAUUGCAAGCUCAGGCUGCACCAACUGACAUCAGGACUGACUCCAGUGCAACAGCUGUGGCUUGGUGCAUCCCCAUUGUUGUUGAACUGAAGCCACCCUGGAGGGAGCUAGGGACAAACCUGGGCCUGUCUGAUGCUGACAUUGAGCGAAUCAGACAGAGGCACCAAGAUGACACAGGGAGAUGCUGUUUGGCAGUGCUGGAGGAGUGGCUACAUCUGUCUGGUACCAAAGCAACAGUAGAGGGACUGAAGACUGCGCUGUACUUAGCAGGACAGACGGAAAUUGUGGAGAGGGAGCAGUCAAUGAGAGGGAAAUUGCUGGAGUUGCAGAGUGAAGUGACAGACAUCGUUCAUCCCAACUUUCCCAACCUGAACUUCGUCCCAGACAAGAACAAGGAGGCUGAUGAGAGGAGGAUAGAGCUCAACCGGAGGACACUCCAUGAUGAACAGAAGCCCCUGUACGACACCAGUGUCAUGUUCCACGGCUCCUCAGGCUCCCCAGGGUUUGACACGUAUGGUAAUGUGGUGCUCAUGCACACCAGAGGAUUCCCAGAUGCUAGCAGUAAGAGCCUCAUUGAGCGUGGGGUUGUAUGA